CGAAGGGUGUAAUAAUUAAGAUUUUUUUUAAAAAAAUACGUAAUUCAAAUCUAAUAAAUUAAAACUGAAAAUUUGCUUGUUAAUUCUACCGCCAUGUCAAUGCGAAGACGAACCUUGCUGAAGGUCAUUGUUCUCGGCGAUAGCGGGGUGGGCAAAACGUCGUUGAUGAAUCAAUAUGUUCAUAAGAAGUUUAGUCAACAAUAUAAAGCAACCAUUGGUGCUGAUUUUGUCACUAAGGAACUCCAGAUUGAUGACCGCGUUGUCACUCUUCAGAUAUGGGAUACUGCGGGGCAGGAGCGGUUUCAGAGUCUCGGUGUUGCCUUCUAUAGGGGUGCAGAUUGCUGUGUGCUAGCUUACGAUGUUAAUGUGAUGAAAUCAUUUGAUACCCUUGAUAAUUGGCAUGAGGAGUUUCUUAAACAGGCAAAUCCUACUGACCCCAGGACGUUUCCUUUUAUAUUGCUUGGAAACAAGAUAGAUAUAGAUGGUGGUAAUAGUCGAGUGGUCUCCGAGAAGAAAGCAAAAGAGUGGUGUGCUUCAAAAGGAAACAUACCUUACUUUGAAACGUCAGCAAAAGAAGAUAUCAAUGUUGAUGCUGCGUUCCUUUGUAUUGCCAAAACUGCUCUAGCAAAUGAGAGCGAGCAGGACAUAUAUUUCCAGGGCAUCCCAGAGGCUGUGACUGAGACUGAGCAUAGAGGCGGUUGUGCAUGUUGAUUACGAAGCCAAACUCCUUUUAUUCUUGGUUGCCCAAUGCUUCCAUUUUUUCUGGUUCCAAUGAUUCUUAUCUUUUUUUUUUUUUUUGUAUGCAUUGUAUUCAAAACUCCCUUGAGCGAAGCAUUAUUUGCCUUUAUUAUUUUUUGGGGUAGAGAUGAGCUUCAAGAAUUGAAAUUCGUAGAAUUCUACGUGAUUUUGCUUCUAGUUUUAAUUGGGGAUCUAUGUUCUGAAGGUCCAUUUACUCGAGGUUUCAACUUAAAUUGCUUUGCUUUGCUUUUUUUUUUUUUUUUUUUGGGCACUAAA